UGAAAAUUUAGGUGCCCAACAGCACUAAUCCUCAGUCGUCAGCUGAAAACUGUGUAACGCGAUCUGAAAACAUUAAAAGUGGCUAGGCUUUUUUUUAGUGAGUUGUCAAAGAAGUAUUUAAAAAAGCAAGAUGAAUGCUAGUGAACAGGAGGGACAAGUUGAUUCGCAGAAACAGGGAAUCACUGUAACCAGUGAUUGGAAUGUAACGCUUGUAAGCGAAAAUAUAAUUGUUUUUUCCUUGAUCAUUGUGGGAGCAAUCGCUUUCGUGAUUUUGUUGUACGUGAUAUUCAAGAAGCGUUCGCAGAGACCGAGAAACACUUGUUGUUCUUCCUGUUAUAAUCGAAACAUCAAGGUUAAAGAAGAAGACGAUGUAACGAAGGAAACUCAGGCUCACGCUCACAUAGAGCUAAAAGUCCACGCAGCUGACGAUGGUCAAGCGAAGUGUGAAUGUUCAGGGACCCUACGGAAAACAGUCGUCGAAAAAACUACAAGAAAGAAACUGUUCUACAAACGAAUUGAUCAAGCAGCAGGAUUGGCGUCAGCAAAUUCUAGUGCGCUCAAUAGCGCUAUUCUUUAAACUACAAAAAAUGUCUAAGUAAUUAUGUAUUUAUUUUAUCUUGAUAUUUGGUAAUUCAUAAAGUAAAAUGUGAUUUCUGUAAAUUAAUUUCAUUUUCGUUUAGAACAAUACACAAAUUUUUAUAAUUUUU